GAUUGGAGCUCAUCUUUGAUUGUUAGUCUCGACCUUGUAGACACAAAGAACAACAUCCUUAUAUACGCUUCCAUGGUUCUUACUUCUUUGCUUCCCAGCUUUCCUUGGCAUGAUUUCUUGCUUUUCUGGUCGUUGUCUGUCCAGCAUUCCCCUCUUUUAUGUACGCUUCGCUGGAAAGUUAAUCGAUUGGUUGCAUACUGCCCUUAUGCCGUCAAGGGUCAAGUCGUUGAUUCCUGUUAUUACUCCUUCUAGUAGCUGUAUGUGAAUAUUUGGUAUAAUAACCUUCAUGCGCUGCAAGAUAUGCCACCUUCAAAUAUGGAUUGAGGGUCAAGCCUCUGUAUCAUCUGAUCAAAAGUUUGUACUCGUCCUCCCAAUCGCAAUCUGUAUAGGAGUGGUCGAAGGUCUCGUUGGAAGAAGUUGUCGUGGUGAAGAAAUAUGGAUGCUUUGGCGGUACUGAGGGAGUACACUGUUCGCAAUGAUUUGGAAAAUGUGAAGCUUAUGGGUGAUGAGUACUUUUUUGGAGAGGAUUACAGAUUUCCGAGGAACGUUGAAACUGCUUACAGGUCAAAGCAGGGUAGCUUAUACACUCUCGAGUCUCUGGUUUUUUUCGUGAGGAACAAACAUGUGAAGCACACGGAGUAUAUGCAGCAGGCGCGAGGAUUGAAGCUUCAGAUUGUCACCUACACGGACAGAAAACCAUUGCAAGAUUACUUGGAAGGGAAAGUCUCUUCCACGGAUUCUAUUGAACUCGUGCCCACGUCUACAGGGCUGCCGCCCAGGGAAGACAGGCCGAAGAGACGACCUGAAGAGGAGAAUGAAGCUGUCGGGAGCGAUGAUAACAACGCACCUAGCAAAAGGAUGAGGAUGGAAGCUGAAGAUUAUUCCAAAGAUGCAGGUAUCUUUGUUUCAGACUCAUCAGGAAAGAGUCUGAUCGAGAUUAUACGCGAUAGGGAGAGACCUGUCAGGGAUAGGGAGUCUAUACUUAUUUGCCACAACAAAAACUUUCAAGGCGUAUUAGCUUUGCUGAAAGGUAGAGAUGACGAAAGGCGAAGAGCUGACGAUCAAGUGAAGAAAGAAGCAGAGAAGCCAGUUGAGCAACCUGGGAUGCCUACGUCGAACUCUGCCAGUCGCUAUGUGAAUGUAGAGGAGAAAAGAUUCUGGAAGGAUCACUUGGGGACGGAUGCUGCUGAGGAGCUCGGUAUCGAUCCAUCUCAGUCUUACGCUGAUUCGAUUAAGCCUAAGGACAAUGCUAGACCAAAGCCAGACACACGAAUAGGUCGCCCUCCUAGCCAACACUUGCAUCAUAGGCCUCCUCUUUCCUCUUCCGGCCAUAAGAAACCUGAGGGUCCUCCCAUAAUUAUUGUUCCCAGCGCGUCGCAAACCAUGUUGAACACAUACAACGCCAAAGAGUUUUUCGAGGAUGGAGUGUAUGUCGCCCCAGAUGUCAAAGCCAAAUCUCUCACUAAGAAACCAGAGGAUGUAGUGAUCUACAGAAAGAUGGGACGAGAUCACCCCGUCAAAUACGAGAUUAGGGACAAACCUUCUGUAUUUUCGAAGAAAGAUUGGGAGCGGGUGGUCGCUAUCUUCGUUCUCGGAAAAGAAUGGCAGUUCAAGGACUGGCCCUUCAAGGACCACGUUGAGAUUUUCAACCAAAUUUUAGGGAUCUUCUUGCGAUUCGAGGAUGAUAGCGUGGAAUCAGCACAGAAAGUGAAGCAAUGGAAUGUUAGAAUUUUGUCUCUAAGCAAGCACAAGCGACACCAAGACAGAACCGCAGCGCUUGCAUUUUGGGAUAGCUUGGACAAGUCUGUCAAGUCGCGUAAAUUGAAUGUUAUUAUUUGAGGACUUCCUCGGGAGAAUUCUUCGAUACCUCUAUUACAGGGUUACUUCGACACAAUUCUGGCCACCAAUUUGUGUACGAAGCCUCUCAGAAUUCUGGCCAGCAAAGGUCAGUGUGAACCACUGUCGAUAGAGUCCUUUGAUACUACGGUUGCACCUCUUUGUUUUACUCUAUUGCAACCUGCUAGCUUUCAAGAAGGAGAAGGGGAAGGGGGCGUAACAAGAUGAUUUUUCUUUUCAACAUAGGCUAUGUAACGUACAUCUUCUAGCUGAAAGUUUUGGUGUGUGUUGGGUCCUGAGCUGUUCAAGUGGAUAUCAGUCGCGACCCCCAGCGACACAUUCUACCCUGGAUGAUUGAUUUACCGGGUGACUUCGACCAUUGUGCUGUAUCUUCAAGGCCGAUGAACUAGGCAAAGAUUGCAAGUUCAUGUCUUUUUUCAUGAACAGUAAAGCCGACAUUUUUGCGAAGUUUGUGUUUGUCGUUUCUUGUCUUUAUGAAUGUCCCGAAAGGGUAGUUUUUUUGUGCUCAGACUGUCAGAUCUCUGAAUCCGUCAAUUUGCGUCGGAUUGCUCCUUCGUACUGAAUGGUUAGUUGUCUCACCAGUCUGACACGCAGUACUUCGAAAAAC